GGUACCUGAUUCGCUGCGAGGUGAAGGGAGUGAUUUCAUUGGCUAAAGUGGAACUCUGAAGGUUCGGGUUUUUUUAGUUCUCCCGGUGUGGUUAAACAUGGCUGCCCCAGCAAGAAAAACUGUCGUCUUUGUGACUGGAAACCCAAAGAAAGUCGAAGAAGUUGUCCAUAUACUCGGAGACCAAUUUCCCUACAAAGUCGUGUCGAAAAAGAUUGAUUUGCCUGAGUACCAGGGGGAGCCGGACGAAGUUUGCAUACAGAAGUGUAAGGAGGCCGCACGGCAGAUUGAUGGACCAGUCAUAGUGGAGGACACCUGUCUGUGUUUCCGGGCUUUAGGAGGACUGCCUGGUCCUUACAUCAAAUGGUUUCUUAAUCAACUAAAGCCAACAGGCCUCCACACGCUCUUAGCUGGCUUUGAGGAUAAAUCAGCGUGGGCUCUCUGCACCUUUGCAUUCAGCGCUGGUAGAGGUGAACCCGUGCAGCUCUUCAGAGGGAAAGUUGAGGGGAUGAUUGUGGAGCCCAGGGGGCCUCCAGACUUUGGAUGGGAUCCCUGUUUCGAGCCAGACGGAUAUGACAAAACUUAUGCCGAACUUCCCAAAGAAGUAAAGAAUUCAAUCUCUCACCGCUACCGGGCACUUGCGGCCAUGUCCGAGCACUUUGCAAAAAUCAACCGUACCUCACAAGAGAGCAAGAAGAACAAGCAGAAUGAGUAAAAGUUCUUUGGUUUCAAAAAGUGCACCGACCUGGAUUGAAAUUAGAUGGUUCACCUUGUAAUUACUGUGUUGUGAAGCCUACCGCUGAACGGGGCUUGGGUUAUAUCUGUUUCUGUCUUAAUUUGAAUAAACUUUUAUUUUCGAAGGUUC